UUUGAUCGGCGUAUUAACAUAAAAUGUGUUGGUCUGUUUCUACGACUGAAAACGAUGGAGGCGCUCAGUGAAGAAGUCGACGAUGACAGCGACGUCGCAGAAAAUCGCCUGCUAAAAACCGAAGGUUCUGGCUGUGUUUGUAGCAAGGGGUGGGAAAAAGAAUUCAUUUGCGGAUGGGCGCCGUCGUUUGAGCGAAAAAUUUCACGGAAGCCAACGAAACACGCGUCGUUAAGCAACACGCGUAAAGAUGGAAAAUUACCGCGGGCAGAAUGUGGAUUUGUUUUUCGACAUUAUGAGAAAACUAGUCGCUAUAUCGAGCAGUACCGAGAAAAUCACAGCAGUGCCUUUCUGGAACGUGGAGAGGAAUGGAGGCCAGUAUUAGGAGUUGAUGUUCCAGAUCCUUACCUGCCUAAGGUCGGGAGUUCGAGCAAAACUGUUUUUGACCGGGUGAAGUUCAUUGAGGCCAUGUCAGACUACUACAAAGUUGCGGCUAUGAGGAGUGAUUUGCAAAAGAUCUGUCUCACUGGAAAAAGGCAAGAGAGCGGCGAUCACAAAGCAGUGCUGAACAGUGACACCGAGUUGAAUAGUGAAAGUUUACCGUUCAUUGUUACUGCUUCAAAUGGAAAGAAAGUUUCCCAAAAACUUGGAAGAAGAAGAAGACAGAGCACUUCUUCAGAAGGAGACAAACCAGAUAGUGUAAAAAAUCGCCAAGAUGUAAUCCGAACCGCGCCCGAAUUAGCACAAGAUCCCAUUCUUCCCUGUAUGCCUUCCAUUCCCGACCUUCCGCAUAAAGUGGACGACAAACUGAUUUCACACCCGGUCAAACAUACACCAGAGGACGAUUCGAAACGAUUUCACAAGGAACGAAUCCGGCUUCCAAAGUUUCAAUGGACGGAAUGUCACGUGAAAAAUAACCGCAUAGCAACAGAGAAAACUGCUGUGCCUGUUAAAGUGGAAAUGAAGGAGAAACCGGUGGAAGAAGCGUUACAGAGUAGUGAUAGCGAUGAGAACGCUAUAAUCACAGCUCAGAAGUUUAAUUCGAAAGGAAAUCUGCAUAUAGGAGGUUUCGUGCUAACCGCACCAAGCUCGAAACCGAAGCCAGCGCACGUUACAGUUGGAAAGUGUGAAAUAUUUAGCUCCACGAACUCGUCAGGUGGAGAGCGUGUCCGCAAAUCUUACGAAACUGCAAGAAAACUUCCAUGUGAAACCGCAUUUAUUCGGGUUUUAGGUCAUCAAACAGGCCCUCCGCCAAAAAGUACAAGUAAAAACGAAUCCAAGGAUGCUAGUAAAGAAAGACCGAAUACAAAGGACAGAGCUCUCAUGAACCAAAAUUUGCCGAUUCAAUACUUGACUCGAUUUGGCAGACGGAAAUUUCAUCAUGUUUUGGAGGCGCGUUCGUUUAAACCUUCGGAAAAGAAACUUGGAGCCCCAGCGCUAGCACAUUUUCAUCACUGAUUGAAGGAGGUAGUAUACUCAGGGAAAAGGAACGACAUGACUCUGAAUAAAUCUGCCAAAUAGUGCAGGGACCUGAGAGCAGUUCAAUCUCCAUUUUAUCCCUAUCGCCGUUUAACUCAAGCGUAGUCCGUCAAUAGAACCUCUAUCGCAGCUUAAGCUAAAAAUGAGAAAUUUAAUAUUUUCAUAACACCAUUAGAGUAUCUCCGUUUUUACGCCACUCACCAGGGGCUUAAUUAAUCACAUUCUACCAAAAUGAAAAUGAAGGGCAGAGAUGAAGGUUGGAAAAUUUACUACGAGUCAAAACGUCGUCAUUUUUCUUAUGAAGUAUUCGCCAGUUUUCAAAAAGUUUUAUGGUUGGUAUCUGUCAAACUUGGAACAUAAAAACUUAUGUUCCCUGUGGGUGAUUUUACAAUAUUUUUUAACCAGUGAGCUAUUCGCCUGUUCACGAUUGUUUGGGGUGGGGGAUAGCGUUAUGCACCGGGCAUAAAUCGCUUAAACUCUCCGCCACAUCUUCGGGGAAGGAGGUCCAGGGAAGAAAUUGAUAUUAAAAGAAUAAAAAAUUUAACAAGCUUGAAAAUAACUCUCUAUCUGUUAUCGUAUUUAUUUAUAACGGAGAUGUAAUAUAAGUACAAAAAAUUUUCAUUUCAAGUGUUUUGGAAAACAAGCAUAUAAUUUAAGUGGAAUUAUAACUGAAGUGGAAGGUAUUUGACUCGUCUUUUCCACUAUGUGAAGAAGAACAGACAUAACACUAGUCAUAAAAGUUGUGGUUUGGGGUUCAUUCAAGAUCUCUUAUUUUGUUUAAUAUUUAGUGAUGUUUAAAUAAAAUUUUAAGUUGAGAAA